AUGAGGUCGACAACAGCUUCACCAUCAGCUCGAUCUUCAAUCUCGGACGAAAAUUCGCCACGAAAUGAUUCACAAAUAACUGACGAUAUUACUGCUCCACAAAGCACUCUAAGUUUACUUGAAUAUGGAUCAGAAAUGGAUAUGUCAAGUCAGGAAAAUGUAGAAUCACACGCGCCGAGAAUUCGUCGACCUGAAUUUAGCGGAUUACCUUUUCAAAAUCGUACUAUUCGAAUGGAAUCGGCUAGAAUUCGUCACCCAAGCGAAGAGCAUUCAUUCUAUCUCGAUUUAAUUGACAAUAUUCAAGUGACUCAAAAUCCAGUGCUUGAUGUUAAUUUGCAACAUAUAUGGUGUUUUAACCGCGCUCUAUAUCGGCAAAUUAUUUGUUAUCCAUCGGAAAUCAUUCCCUAUUUGGAUAUUGUGGUCAAUAAUAUCUUUGCUGAACGGUUCACGCAGAAAUUGCAUUGUCCUAUCGAAAUUCGUCCAUUUAAUGCGGAACAGACGCGAAGCAUGCGUGAUUUAAAUCCAUCUGAUAUAGACCAGUUGAUUUCCAUUACGGGAAUGAUUACUCGCCUAUCGCCUUUGAUUCCAGAGAUGCGACAAGCAUUUUUUCAAUGCUCAGCCUGCAGUUUUUCGGUUGAUGUGGAGGUAGAACUUGGUCGUAUAGAAGAGCCUACUUUAUGUGCAAAUUGUCAGCAACCUUUAACAUUUCAGCUAAUUCAUAAUCGAUGUCGUUUCAUCGAUAAACAACUUAUUAAGCUGCAAGAGUCACCAGAUGAUAUGCCGGCCGGACAAACUCCGCAUACUGUUACGUUAUUUGCAUAUGGUAGUCUUGUUGAAUCGGUACAGCCAGGCGAUAGAGUUAAUGUUACAGGAAUCUUUAGAGCGAAGGCUGUUCGUGUUAAUCCACGGACGAGAAAUACAAGUGCAGUUUAUCGUACUAACAUUGAUGUAUUUCACUUUAACAAAGUGGAUAAGAAAAAACUUCGGAUUGCUGAGAAUGUGACUUUAUCGUCUGAAAGAAUGGAACAGAUACUGCGCAUAGCACAACAGAAUGAUAUUGUCGAACUUCUAUGCAAUGCUAUCGCGCCUUCAAUACAUGGACAUAUGGAUGUAAAACUUGGUAUUCUAUGUUUAUUAUUUGGUGGGACUUUCAAACCAGAAAUGAAAGAAAGAGGACGAGUUCGAACUGAGAUAAAUAUGCUACUUUGCGGCGAUCCUGGAACCAGUAAAAGUCAGAUUCUUCAAUACGUAUAUAGACUAGUUCCUCGAGCCCAAUAUACGUCUGGUAAAGGAUCAUCAGCUGUUGGUUUAACUGCUGCUAUUGCACGCGAUCCCGACACCAGAAACAUGGUUUUACAAACAGGGGCACUUGUGUUGGCUGAUAAUGGUGUUUGUUGUAUUGAUGAAUUCGACAAAAUGAGUGAUAGUACUCGCUCAGUACUUCAUGAAGUUAUGGAGCAACAGACAUUGUCAAUUGCUAAAGCAGGGAUUAUUUGUCAGUUAAAUGCACGUACAUCUAUACUUGCGGCUGCAAACCCUGUCGAUUCGCAAUGGAAUCGGAACAAAACAAUUAUCGAUAAUAUUCAGCUACCUCAUACAUUACUUUCUCGAUUUGAUUUAAUAUUUCUAAUGGUGGAUGAACAAAGUGAAGCACGUGAUAGACAGUUGGCAAAUCACCUUGUUUCAUUAUUCUUUGAAGAUGCGGAAAAUACCGAAGGCCAAAUGCUUGAUGCCGGAUUUUUGCGUGACUACAUCGCUUAUGCACAUAAAUUUGUUCAUCCAGUGAUUAGUGAAGCGGCAUCUGUAUCGCUGAUCAAUAAGUAUUUGGAAAUGAGACGAGCUGGAUCUCAGUUUGGACAAAUAUCUGCUUAUCCACGACAACUUGAAUCACUUAUUCGCCUUUCUGAAGCAUUCGCAAAAAUACAUCUUCGUAAUAUUGUUGGUGUUGGUGAUGUAGAAAGUGCCUACGAAUUGUACCGCGAAGCACUUCGUCAGUCUGCCGUGGAUCCAACAACAGGGCGUGUUGAUGUUAAUAUUCUUACUGCAGGUGUUACUGCUAGAACUCGGAAAUUAAUUGAACAGUUGGCUGAUGCAAUUCAAACGGAAUUAAUUCCUCACCAUGGUAUUUCAAUUGCAGCAAAUAUCGUUAUGACUCAACUUCGACAAAAAAAUUUUGUUCGUGUUUUUAUUUCAUUUUUUACAAGUGCGAGAAUAUCUUUCACUAAGGAAUUAUUCGAUGAUGCAGUUGCUGAACUUAUAAAGAAAGAAAUGCUCGUUCGAAUCGGUGAUAAACUACGGUUUGUUGGUCCUAAAUAA